AUGGCCGAAGGCGUCUCGCCAGACAUUAUCGACAGUUCAUCUGGCAACAACGCCGAAACAGAGGCUGUCUGCCUGAGUACGCCCAGCUCUCCAGCCGAGAUCAGAAUCAGCCCCUUCCGCGAGGCGCAAGACGAGCUUCUCUCGGCGCUCGGAAGGGCGCUGCCAUAUGCGCCGUUGGAGCACGUUCUCUCCACCUGCAUCGACCUCUACAUGCAAUGGGAGUUUCCCACAGGUCCGGUGAUCUGCGAGCCAAUAGUGCGUCAAGCCGUCCCCAUCGUCGUCCCAAUUCUCCGGGGCGAAACGGCGAUUCCCAGCAGCUCGGUUGCCGGGCCCUCCACUUCGGACGUAUCGACAAUCCGUGCAUUUGCUCUGUUGACAGGCAUAUGCGCGUUCGUCUCAUCCAGUUUGCCAAGCGACUUCUUCGCGCCAGGCAGCGCACUGGCAUGGCCUUUCCUCAGAACGUCACGCGAGGCUCUUCGAUUGUAUCAAGAUUACGACGUUGAGCAUCCAGAAAGCAGCUCGGUGAUUAUCCGGUACUUCCAUUCGAACGCGCUUCACGCGCUGGGAAAGACAAGGGUUUCGUGGCACGUGAUGGGCGAAGCUUUGCGUCUUGUCCAGGAGAUGCGCCUGUAUGAUGAGACGAGUUUUGGAGGACUCGAGGGGCCUGAGGCCCAGCUGAGGAGGAAUGCGUUCUGGCACCUUUACAUUGGUGACAAGUCUGCCUCUAUCCUGCAGAAGGUGCCAAUUUCUCUACAUCAAAUGUGUCUGGAUACGCCCAUCACGACAAUCUUCGACGAGAACAUGGCAUGCGGACUAAUGGACUCGGCGCAUGAUUCAAGUAACGUCGCCUUUGAAGACCAACUACGCGUAGGCUUUUAUCUCUGUUUCCGCCUCUGGUACACAGCGUCAGAAAUGCUCAUCGACCUGAACCUCCUGACUCGGCUCCAAAACAGGAGCAGCUCCGCCGCCACAACCUCCCCAGAUACCUCGACUCUGAGAAGCAGCAUCAUGCAGUCAUACUUCGACUUCACGAGCAUCCUGCACAAUUGUCCGCUUUGGAUAAGAGACCCUUCUUCCAGUACAGAUACGUCCACGAACGAAGCUACGGCUCGGUUCCGGACUCGAUCAUUUGCCACACAGAAGGCAAAUCUCUUCGUCACGCUACAAGCAUUGCGUCUCGUGCUCCUCUGCCGAUUCGCCGAUCGUGGGUUCGCAGACAUUUUGGGGCUUACUAACGAUCCCACGAUGUUGUCUCUCCGGAAGGUGGAGAUUGCAAGUGACUUGAUAGACAUUGUCACCGAACUGCCAUUCGAAGCCCUCCAAGCCAACGGAGAGCCAUGCGUCGAGAAGCUCCGUCAAGUCGGCGUGGCCCUCCUAGAGAUAAUCCACAGCGUGACCAACGACGCAAUCUCCGCCCGCGCCAAGUCCCUGUUUGGCACGCUUCUAGACUAA